GAGCGAUGACGAAGGAAGUGGGCGGGGCGAUGUUUCCUGGAAACGCACGACUUGUUUCUUCUCUUUUUGACAACAAAAGUUAUCUUGAAACGAUUAGCCUUACUUCACGCUUGUAAAAAAAUAAAUGUCUUCUGUUGUCAUAAAGGAGGAUGCAUUCAUCGGUGAUAAGAUAGUACACAGGUAGGAAUAAUCUUUUCAAAAUAUGAAUGGAAUGUUUGUAUACAUCAUGCCACAAUGUAUCGAUCUCUUUUGGAACUGAAAUAACUACACAGAUAAUCGUUAAGUGUUUUUAAUCACGACAAUUCUUUAUUGUUAUGACGUCAUCACAAAGCCUGCGUGAAGGUAGUUAUCGUUUACUUGAUGAGAAAAUAAAUAUUGUUUUACGUGUGGAUUGAGACAAUUGUUGCAUUUGCUUUAACAUCGUUCUGUGCAUUGCAGGUUAGGUUGCGUUUCGACUCUUAAUGUGAUCUUUAUUGGAAUGUACAUUUGAGAGGAAUAGUCAACGAAUGGUCCAUCCGGCCGUUUUUUGUAGCGCUUGUCCUCGCUCGGGUUUGCUGCAUCGUCAUGACGCAAUGGCAUUAGUUGUGUUGCCGGUUGUCAUAGCGACACAACACUCACAAAACUCCAAAGUAUCAUUUAGUCAUUUGUGAGUCAAAUCUUUUGGUAACAACAGCAUUUUAAAUGUAAUAUUUUGUCUCGGCUGACAGCCACGCUAUAGGCGCGGAAGUGUCGCGUGGCAAUGACGUCUUCCGUCUUGAGCAAAUAUUCCUAACGUCAUCUCCGUUUGCAUAUUUUGGCGGGAAAAUUCGCUUUUAACUCUACGAAGGUGGUACACACUUGAAAUGAUUCAAAAACUAACGAACAAGGGUGUUGUUUGGCACACAGGACACGUUUGAGCGAGAUAAGAUGAAAUGCAUGAGGUUAAAGCAGAUGCAAACGUGAAUACGUCCAACGGCCGUCGUGUUGGCACUUGGUGGUGCCAGGGUGAGUGAGGUAUGUCGAGAUGGGAGGGCGAAGCCUCAUAAAGCUUUGAGGCUUUCGGUCAAAUUCGGAGCUUUGCUGCUUCAGUGAAAAGCAACAUUAGCGACAUCAAGUGGAAGAGUGAAGUCAAAGCAACCUGUGUCACUAAAGGGAGUGAAGCGCAGGCCACCUUUACAAACACACAAACUCGCCAAUGCUGUCAUUGCAAGCCAACAUUGGUGGUUAUUAUAUACACACACGUUAGCGCCAAAAUAGAGCAAUGAUAGCCACCGAUCCGUUUGGAACCGUCAACACGCGCUGUGGUGUAUGAUGCUUCCAAUGUAAUCCGUAAUCGUAAUCGGUAGUAUCGGUGAUAUUUGCAGAAUGAUGCAAACUCCAAGCGGCAUUUUGAGCAGUGAUUCAGCAAGCUUCCAGGCUUCGGGUUCAUUUUACCAUCUUUAGUUGUUUUUUAUAUCGUGCCUAAAGUGGUGGUUGGUUUUAUUAUUUAAAUCCUAUUUUAGUCGUUUAACAACCAACCACUAAAAGCGACAACAUUGGUGGCCGAGGCUUCCUCUAUUGGUCGUAACGAUUCUGACUUCACUGAUAUACUGUAAAAGGAAAAGUGCCUUUUUUCCAUCAUCCACAAUCCUUAUGUGAGGCAUGAAUGCACAAACAGACAAAAAGAGGCAGCGAAGAAUGCACACCUAUUCUGCCUAUAAAGCCUUCUGAAAAAAACAACAAAAACAAGGCUCCAUUUCCAUCAUGUGAGCUGCAUAUGAAGCACACUGGGCCUCAUUCACGAAACGUUCUUACGCACAAAUGUGUUCUUAAAGCCUUCUUACAAAGAUUUUUGGCAUUCACGAAACAUGUUCUUAACUCCCAGUUCUUAGAUCUAAGAACAAAUUCUACGAACGCUCAGGAGGACUCUUACGCACAAGCAAAGCUUGCACUUUCAAUGCACAAUCGCCCUCAUGAUGGAUUUUGCAACCUGAUCCGUGGAAACGGCAUUUAUGUUUCCUGCAAUGGUGCUCCAUGCCGACUCUUUUUGGAUGGCCUGAUGACCGGUGGAUACACGUGAAAAUAAGGUGGUCUUGUGUUCGCUCACUCCUUGUAAAAGCACCUCUAUUUCAGUAGAAUUGAACUUUUUCUUUCGUUUGUUGUCCAGCUGCUUCUCAGUCUUGCCCUUGCGCGUUGCCAUCUCCGCCUCCAGCUGCCACAUUUUUGACCUUAUAUAGGAAAUAAUAGGCGGUGACCUAUGCAAAUUAGGCCUCACAUGCACGGGCAUCGCAGUUGGCAUUCAUCAACCUAAGAACACCGGUGCGAACGAUUAUCCCUACUUAAGAACGUGUCGUGAAUGCGGCGCAGUUUCCAACCCGCGCCUUCUUAAGUACACUUCUUAAGAAGACUUUUAAGAAGAUUUUCGUGAAUGAGGCCCAAUGUUGUUAUUAUUGUUAUUAACAUUGUUACGCCCGAGAACUACCUUACUGGCGUAGUGACACCUCACCACACCACAGCGGCUAGCUACUAGCCGGCUAGCUACUAGCUUCACCACACACUCGCUCACACUGCCUCAGGCCACUAGCCAAAGGUAUUUGUACUUUAUUUAUCCCACAGCGGGGAAAUUCACUUGUAAGUCACAGGUAACGCUACAUAUUGGAGCUGCUACCACUGCUGCUGUGUUGGUGUUUUUGAUGCUAGGUGUAGCGUUCCUUUCUAUGUUGCUAUGUGAAAUCAAUGCACCCAGGAAGGAAGUUCCCAAAAUACUACAAAUAUGACAUGUUCAUGUCUCACACAAGAAUUGUGGAUGAUGGGCAACAUUCCAAAAAAAGUGCACUUUUCCUUGAAGUGUUUUUGGUACUUGAACUAAAGAAUUGCAGACGUAAAUGCUGAUGUGGUAAAACCAAACCAUGAACGUCAAUACUGAGUCAAACCGGGAGUCUCCUGGUGACACCGAAACAACCCAGGAAAGUGAGGUCCCAAGCGAAGAUGACAUGAAGUACUUCCAGAAAAAGGAAAAACUGAGGGACCAGAUAGAAGAGAUACGCCACAUUAUCCAAGAGAUGAUCCGGGAAAAUGAGAGCGUUCCUCUAAUCGAGCGACUGGAACUCAAGGAAUUCAAUGUGGACGAUGAGAAGCAGAGGAGACACGACACCAUGAUGGAGCAGGAAGUUGCCAGGGUGAGAGAUGAAAUCCAGAUGCAGAUUUUGGAGAGAUGCUACCUGUGGGAUGUCCUAAAGAGGGACUGCUGGGAUUCUCUAAAGGUCAAAGACAGAGCUGUAAAGGCCUUCCACACGGAGCAUGAGGUGACAAACUACGCCCUCAAGGAGCGACCUCAGAAAGAACUGGACGACCUUAAAAAGGUGGAGAGUGAAAGGAAGAUGGAAGUGAAUGCAGCCUCUAGAGAGAAGACCCAAAAGGUGAAUGAACAGCAGGCAGGGGACAUCUCGGAGGUGAUGAGCGGAGUGGUGAGCAGUUACUCCGCCGAGCUGGAGCUGUCGCAUCCCUACCUCUACGACCAGUUCAGCCUGCAAACCACCGAGCAGAAGAUGAACCAGAUAGUCCUGCUCCAGGAUGUCAUCUACCGCAUCAAGACGGCCCUCAACACCAAGUUUGACGCCGUGUACAAGCAAAAAGUGCAGGAGAUCGCCCGGGUGAAAGAGAGGAACAAGCAAGUGAAGGAGCUCAUGGAGGAGCUGGAAGUGGUCGAGGACCUGUGGGAGCCCUCACUGAACGACAGAGAGAUGCCUGAGAGGGUGUUCAUUGUGGACCACACUGAGAUAAAAGCAGAAAAGUACCUCACCCCAGAACAGCAGGAGGAGGAGGAGAUGAAGAGACUGGAGCAGCAAAAGCACUUGGCUGCCAAGAAGGACAACGUACGUGGGAGGGCUCUUGAUGACAUGAUGGACGGCGUGCUUGAAGUGAAAAAAGACAGCAUUUUGAAAUCGGAAGUAUCCCAGCCCGAGUUUAUUCUGGCCAAAGCUAACAACCAGUGGAGUGAGGAGGAGAAAAAGCUUGUCAAAGAGUAUGAAAAGAAAGUCAAGGAGCUGAACACGGAGAAGGACAAAUACAGAAAGUCACUGGAAAAUGAAAUCAGAGGCCUCCAGAAAGCCACCAAAGAUGCUACUGAGCGCUUCGAUGAUAGCUUGAGAAAGCUGUUUGAGAGGAAAAUAAAGUCGGACAUGGCCAUAUGUCAGGAAGAGCUGAAGAUUAAAGUUCUCAGCUAUUCCAUGCUGAUGGAAGAGGUGAUGGGCAUUGAAGAAAAGGAGCUGCAGUUGAAACUUGGACAAAUGCUGGCAAACAAGAGGAAGAUGGGUGAAGAAUUGCAGAGCUUUGAAAGAGACUUGGAGUUGUUCCAGGAGAAGUAUGACAACAUUGUCACAGAGGACAAAGCCCUGGACAAAGACUUCCGUAAGGAAUUCUCUAGUCUCCACAAAGCCAUGGUUGAUCAGCUGUAUAAGCUGUUCAAGCGAAGACCCAGAGGUCCAAAGAAGCACGCCAUGGAGGAACUGGAUGCUCCUAGAAAUAUGCCAGAAGGCUUAAGCGCAACAGUUUGGGAGAAGUUUUGUCAAGUCCGCAAAACCAAAAUAGACAGUGAGCAUAAUGUUAAAGCCAAAGCGUCCAGUCUGGCAGCGAUGCAAGCGACCCUGCACCAGAAGCAAGAUGAGGACCAGUUCGCCGAGCAGGAAAUUGAACAUCUCACAGAACUGCUUGAAAAUCUGCGUGAGGAGAAGAAGCAUUUCCUGAAGGACAUCAUGGUCCAGUUCCUACUCAAACAGGGCCAGGUGGAGGUGACCAACACAGAUCUCAUACCUGACUACAGUGACUCCAUUCUUCUCCACAGGACCGUAGUGGAAGACCUCAAUCAGACCAUAAGGAGCCUGGGAGAGCAGAAGAUAGCCAUGCUGGUGCAGACCAAAGACUUCCGUAAGGGCAUCAUCCAGGUGGAGUGGGAUAACACCAUGAGGAGGAUGCAGAUAGAGGACCUCAAAAAUAAAGAAAGGGACAUCCAGAUGCUACGACUCACAGAGGACCACAAAGAGUAUCUCAAAACAGACAGCGACAGCCGUGUGUGUAAGCAGGCGUUAUCUAUGAAGGAGACCUUGGCUUUGCAGCAAAAGACUUAUCUGAAGGACGUGAAGCAUCGAAAACAAACAAUCAGACAUCUCCACGCUCAAGCCGCCAGGAAGGAACAGAAGAAUGCCACUUUGGACAAGCAGAUCCAGGACCUGCAUGUGACCGUGUCCCAGAUGAGACACAUCUGUGAGGCGUCAGCUAUGGAGGCAAACGAGGCAGUGAACACAGAGCAGCGCUACCAGGAGGUUCUGCUGCUGCGGAAGCUGAAGGACACGGCCAGAAUCCAAACGGAGAAGCUGGCUUUCCUCAGCGCUGAGGCCCAGCGUUUGGGGAUGAGGAACUACCCUUCGCUGGUCCAGCUCAAGUACGACUGAGCCUUGGCAACCAACAGACCAGCAGGUUUUAUUUCCACGUAGCUUAAAUACUGCUCACCUACCAAGUGCAGCUGUGGAUGAAAAACAAAUAAACAUCUCUGAAUAUUU